UUGCAGCACAUUCCAUUUCAACCACCAGCAACAACAAAAGAUCCAAGGCCUCAGGGCACAUAGAAAAUUGUCGAAAUAAUUCGCUAACAAGCAAUAAUCCAGCAUUAAAUAACUUUAAAUCCAUCAAGGUCACAUAACUCGGUCGAAGCAUGUCUGUGAGCGAUUUUAUUAAGGGUUUACCCAUCCACGACUCAAACAACUUCGCCCACCUAAGCAACGAGCAUGGAAUAAGGACAUCCCAGAAACGAGCUUCCGUUUACCUGCCCACCGAGGAUGUUGCCUCGGAGCAGUUGAUCGUUAUGGACAAGCGAUGCGUCCUGCUGCGCUAUCUCACACAGCAAUGGGACAAAAAGACGCUGCAGCGUAAGCGCGAGCACGGUGGCGACGGAAACGGUAAUGGAAACGGCCACGGCAGCAGCUCGACUACAAACGGAAACAAUAGCAAAAAGCGUCCGCGGCUGGAGCCCAACGAUCUGAACUGAGCGGCAGGCCCGAGCAGUCGGACAAUCCCACAGAACCUCGACUCCAGCUCCCCAUUCAUUGCCAGCUAAAAUUAUCCCUUCAUUUACAUGCACAUACUUAAAUAAAUACAUUUAGUACAAAAGGA